AUGCUGGUCGAGCUCAAGAACGGGGAGACGCUGAACGGCCACCUGGUCAACUGCGACAACUGGAUGAACCUGAUCCUGCGUGAAGUGGUCCAGACAAGCCCGGAAGGUGAUCGUUUCUUCAGAUUACCCGAGGUCUACAUCCGCGGCAACAACAUCAAAUACCUUCGCAUCCCCGAGGAGAUUGUCGACCAGGUCAAGGAGCAGCAACAAAACCAACCACGGGACCGUCGUGGCGGACGAGAGGGUGGGCGCGAUCGCGGCAGGGGCGGCGGUCGUGGCGGACGCGGGCGGGGUCGUGGGCGAGGCGGUCCAUGA